CAAACGUCCAUUCAAAUCGAUAUAACCCGGUCAGGAAAGAAUUGAAUUGAAAUGUUCUCAGUGUAAAGGUAUUUAAACGCUGGCCUUGUUACGGUUGAUUUUAUCGCGUAUGAACAUGUCGCUUGGACAAGCUUUCGUGACUGCGUUCACUUAUUUCACGUUAACAACUGUAAUUGUCAACUCGGAGAUCUUCACGGCUUUGUCCCAUGUGCAACGACUGGUAAAUAUUGAAAUGGAACUUUCGGACGCGCUAGAAGAUUACAUCGCCGAACAAGAACAGCGGUUAAACCGACUGAAAUCUUUUGCUGAGGAUGUAAGCGAAGCGAUGCAACGAGCGAACACGGAUAGAGAUGGGUACAUUGGACACCCUGUAAACACUUAUUUAAUGAUCAAGCGACUCGUGAAUGAGUGGUCAGAACAUGUGAAGUCUAUUCAAGAGGAAGGGGACGCUGAAGGUAUUUAUUACGAUACUGCAAAUUUAUUGACUAAAUUCAACAAAGCAAUGUGCCAGUGUAAGGUAUAUUUAACAAUAAUAGUCAAUGAAUAGUCACUAGGCCAUUACUUCAGAGCAAACGUUAGGACAGUUCGGAAAUGCGUAUUCUAGUAAUGUAGCGCUCUGGCAUUUCAUUAACUUACAUUGGAUGAAAUCCUGUGAUGAAACCAUUCAAAUGAAUCACCUUUGAAAGAUCUUUUGGACAGUAACUAUUUUUCUCUUUAAGUAUUUUACAACGCAAAAUUGGCAUCUUGAACUUUACUACUGCGCACGUCAGUACAUGGUGUACAGACAGUUUGACUGAUAAGGGCAGCCGCUUUACGUGAUCAGGUCAAAAGGAUAACGCCCAGCUAAACAUUGCAAAAAAUUACAAUACUGAAAUCGAAAAGACAGCUUUGUGUUUUAAAACAGAUGACAGCAGAAGAAUCGUGCUUUCGUAAGUUAACGCUAAACAAGUGCAAGAAAAUUUUAGUCUUGUAAGGUCACGGAAGUCAAAGAAAGAGCAUUAACUCCAUGACUUCAAAAAUUAGGCCUGCCGUUCAUAUGUAGCAUGAUAUGACAUGUUAAAAAGACUUAUUUUCAAGGUUUUUCCUUUUCUGUUUUAUAAUCCUAGAGAGUAAAUAUUAUUGUCUAAUGGCAGUGUACUAUAAAUUCCGUAAUUACCUAACAACCUUCCAAUUUCCGGUCAGAAAUUUGAGGUUGUCGUUAACCACCUCUGUUCGCAGGGUAACGAAGACGUGUGAAUAUUUUUUGUUUCUCUCUAUGGUUUGACAUUUCACAAAGCUUUCUUCUUAAACUCCGCAAAGUACAGUUUUGUGAGUGUUGGAUAAUAUUUGGUUAUAAGUGGCUGUAAGUUCGAAAAAGCAAUUUUACAAUACGGCGAACGGGUCGGAAAAAAGUUGGUCUUCAAGGCUAUGCCAAAACGAGAACGUCAGCGCGUGACUACCAGACGGCCGCAGAGAAAACAGAAAAAGAAAAACAACAAAAACAACAAAACUGGUGCCGUCUAUAAACCGGUAAUAACAAAUGUCGAGCUCCAAAGAACCCUGGUCUUGGUUUUCGUCUUUUUCGUUAACGGGCUUGAGCCGAGAGCGUUUUGGUACAUUGUCGCGGUUUCGUAGUUUAAGGACGUUUGAAGAGAACGAAAAAAGAAAAUGAAAACUCCUGUGACUAAGGAGGAUGCAAAGUAGAACGGCUUUAGCCCCGUUUAUACGGAGAAAACUUGAAAUUGUCCCAGGUAAAGGUCGAUGCAGGGUCAUCCGCCUACCCGAACUACCCUGGGCGAACCAAGUUCUCCUACAUUUCUAUACAAAACUUCGAAGCGUUUAGCCUGAAUUUCAUCCGAUUACUUCGAGUCGUUAGAGGAGAAAACGACUCGAAGCAAUCGGAUGAAAUUCAGGCUACGAACCGUUUAGAUGAGAAACAAAACGUUGGCUCUACUCACCUGGCCGGGUCACCCUUUGUUGAGAAGGUCAUCCUCCUAAUCAGGCCAUCCUUUCUCCAUAUCAACAUUACCACUUUGGCUAGCUCGGCCGCGUCAACUUGGUCAAUGCGAGACAAUCAGAGCAUGCGCGAGUGCUGUUGACUCGGGAAAAAGGGUGAACUUUUUUCUUAUAUUAACGCUCGCUUAGUACCAUCAUAGGAAGACCAUUACUACAUUCGAAGAUUAACCUGAAUAUUGCAAAUUUUUUAGGUCUUCUCAUUGACAAGCUCGAAAACUAUCAGCAACACUUCCCGGGAAAAGAUGACUUAGAAGGCGCUAUGGCCGCUAUUAACCGACUUCAAGAUGUGUACAGGCUAACGCCUUAUGAUUUCACUGGAGGUAAAUACGGGGUUCGUUCGGACUCAGGCUCCUUUCUGUCGGCAAUGGACGCGUACAAGUUUGGCCGCGGAGCGUUUGGGUCCGAAGACAUGGAGAACACGCAGCGGUGGAUGGCGGAGUCGCUAAGGCUUAUGGAUAUGGAACCUGAUAAUCAGAAAGAAAAACCCAAUCGGUUCUCUGUGCUUGAUCAUUUGGCUUGGUCCUCCUAUCAGGUAAUAUUAUCCCUGGGGUAAAGAUGUGAUGGAUCAUUCGGCUUAGUCCUCCUAUUACGUAAUAUUAUCCCUGGGGUAAAGUUGUGCUGUCCUCCUAUAAGGUAAUAUUAUCCCUGGGGUAAAGUUGUGCUGUCCUCCUAUCUUGUAGUAUUAUCCCUGGGGUAAAGUUGUGAUGGACCAUUUGGCUUGGUCCUUGUAUCAGGUAAUGUGAAUAUCCCUGCAGUAAAUUGGUGCUGUAUCAUUUAUGAGGUAAUAUUAUCCCUGGGGUAAAGUUGGAAAAACCCCUACCCUGUACCAAAUUACAUCGAAUACUGUUCAUCUAACUAAACAGUUAUUUUUUUUUCUUUCUGUGUAGCUUGGAGACAUAAGGAAAGCUGUAAAUUAUACAAUUGCAGCAUUGAAAGUUGGUAAGCUUUAACAUGUAUUUUGAAUAAACGUAAUUAGUAAGAAUGGAAACUGGCCGGAGGCAAACCAGUUGGCUAUCUACAAGCGUGACCGAUCGAGGAGUAGGCCGAGGAGUAACCAUAAACUGUAGCCAAAUAUGUUACCACUUAACUUGCCCAUUGUUUCCUUUUAGCUUCGUUACAGUAUCUGAUUAGUUACCAGAAAAUCGUAAGUCGGAGUCUUGCUGGUGACUUACCCCCUCCCCCCCAAACGCCUAUAUCGGGCGACAACGAUUUGUGGAUGCGUAUUUUUUGGAAAAACUGAGGAAAAAAUAUCCGUCUUCAAAAAUAUCGGAAAAACUGUGGACAGGGCCUGAAACUGGCAGAUCCAGACCUCAAGAUAAGGGGAGGCCCGGUCAUACAGUCCCUGGGUUAAGAGGUGGCCCUGUCUCAAAUUUUUUUUUUUGUCCCUUCGGGCCCCAGUUUGGACUAAAAAUAAGGGGGGGGGGGCUCCCCGGGCCCCUCCCCUGGACCCGCCACUGUGAAAUGCAUAACAGUGAAGGUCUUGGGGAAACGCAAUACAGAGAAUAGGCAAACUGAUUGUUACGAGUGAACACAUGGCAAGCUUUAACUCAGUAUGGACUAGAAGUUGUGUCUGUUUUUCAUUUCAGUUCCAAACCACGAGCGAUCGAUGACAAAUCUCCGUAUCUUCAUGGAAGCACAAAAACUGUUAGGAGAGAAACGAUCUGAGCAAAAGGAAACUAAAAAGCGCGAAUUCAGUUACCUCGCUACAAAACUUCCGCAAACGACGCUAAAAUCCUUUGACUGGAAUGUGGAAAGACGCAUAUACAAAAAGCUGUGCCGAGGAGACCCUAUGCCACGCGUGAGUAAUAACACUCAGUCAAGCGAACUCAUAUUAAAACACGGGCGUAAAUGAGGGCCGAUUCUGUUUCUUUUCGUUGUUCUUCCAAACUAGAAAGUACGCUGUGACAAGGGUUAUGCCACGCUUUUCGCCCUCUUUUUAAAAAGCUAAAACGGUUCUUCACGUCAAUUCAAUUCCAUAUUAAAAUUAUAUUUAAAACAUAAUUUAGGCAUUGAAAGUUUUUCCUGUUGUCUGUUGCUACAGAUAGCAAUAAUGGAGAUGGAUUGAGCCCAACUUUUUCAAGUUUUAAUGCUAUGUUAAUGCAAAAAUCGCCUCCCUGAUGCAUUUUUUUUAUCUAGAUCUUUUUCAUGACUCUAAAGGAGCAUUUAGUGUGGGUAAAAGGCAUUAAGUGACGGAUUCAGCUUAGAAUUGACCUAAAACAGCAAUUUCCCAGCGACAUAGCUCCUUUCACACUUAUAGUGCCAAGAGUGACCAACAUCAAUUUUCUCCGAACAAUAUCCAUAUAUAAUCAAGAGAAAAGUUUAUGAGAAUUAACAAAAUGAUCAUCUAAGGAAUAAUCCUGUGAUCGAUUAUCAAACUCUCUCAACUUGUUCUUUAAGGAAAUAUAUGGAGCUCAGUUUGGAGAAUUUGCAUUUGGAAAUUGUGGCUUAAAGGGUUAAGCGCGCGAUAAACGCGGUGUGGACGACAAGUUUUGCCGUCUAGAAGGUGUCGCUGAAUCACGUCAAAGCUUUUCUUUCUUUUCAAUUUGCUAUCAAAACAAAUGUUUCGCAGUUAUCUAUCAUUAGCGGAAACAGCGUCUCUGUAGCAAUCUUUUCUAGUUUAGUCAGGCCACACCUGACCUCCAGAUAUUAAACUAUGCAUUACUUACUCGUUCCAGGCUCCUCAAAGCUACUCGAGGCUGAAGUGUUUUUACAAGACAGGUCACCCUCUUUGUACCAUCAAACGCUGUCCUAUUGAAGUGGUCUUCACCAACCCCGAUAUUAUGAUUCUGCAUAAUAUCAUGAGUCACGCUGAAAUCGAAAAAGUUAUAAAGAUAGCAGAACCUUUGGUGAGGAAAAUAAACAUUAAAGACAUAAAUGGUUUCUAUUUUGCCAGAUAUUUGCUUCAUCAGAAAAAGUUUCGGAUCAUUAUGCGUUUCUGGGAAACUGCCCACCUACCCCUCCCCUAAGCCAACAUUUUGCCCUAAGUGAGAAGUAAGUGUUAAUGUUGGCUUAGGGGAGAGGUAGGUGGACAGUUUCCUAGAAACGUGUAGUGAAGUUUCAUCCCUUUUUUAUGGCCCUAAACGUUAACCUUCUUUUCUUCAGUUCACCGCAUUUUGGAUAAGUCUUACUAAUUUUUGUUUUGCAGCUAAAUAGGGCGACCGUUCAUAACCCUGUCACAGGGAAGCUAGAGUUUGCAAGUUACAGAAUAAGCAAAAGGUAUGUCUUGAUGUAUACGGUGUUCUGUGUGACGGUGGUGAUUAUUAAUAAUGGUGAUGGCGACGACGACGAAUGAUAAUGAUGAUGAUGAUGAUGAUGAUGAUGAUGAUGACAAUAACGCUAAAAAUCUUACUAACGAUUGAUGAUGACCAUGAAGCUUAAAACGAUAAUGAUCUCGAGAAUGAUGCUUAUUCAGUCAGUGAGACAGACACAGACCUCUCGGUAAAUAACGAUCGGAGUUCUCCCGCAGCAGUCAAACAUAUGACCUUCUGGUUACUAGUUCAGAUGCUCUACCACUGAGCUGGAGUUGAGCUAAAUAAGACUCUUGGGAAAAAAAGGCCACUAAACUAGGUUCAUGUGACAAAAGUUGGGCAUACUACUCGAACUGGAAUGUCGAUAGGUGGUAUAUUCGCAAUGAUCAUGUCUUGUUGACGCCCGCGGUAGUGACGAAGAUGAUGUUAAAGGUGAUGAUUUAUGAUAAUGAUGAGAAUGAGUCUCGGAGAAGUCUUCUUCCAGUUAGCUUUACAGACGAGGACAUUGACAAUGAAGGCUUUGACCAUGAGAUCGCCAAAGCACUAAACUGUCUCCAGCCAACUUCAAACAAGGCAUGAUUUUAUCUUUUAAAAGUUAUAUUACUGUAAUUAUCUACCUUCAUUUUCAGCUGCUGGCUUAAUGAAGGGCACGAUGAGGUUAUCGGGAGAGUUAACCGGAGAAUGACAGCUUUGACGGGAUUGAAUUUGGAAACGGCAGAGGAUUUCCAGGUUAUUCCCUCUUUACUUGUUUCCUUUCCUUGUUUUUCUAGCGUGGCUAUUAAACAGAACGUGUUGCAACAAAAUUAUCAUUAAAAGCCGGGGAGAAGGGUGGGGUGGGGGGGGGGGACUUAAUGGAGAGGAGGCUUAUUACAAAGAUUAUGGUAUAAAGAAACUUAAUGAUGAACUUAAUGAUCAUUCGUACGUGAAAUAAGCACCAUUACCUAAUGUUGUACGACAUCUUGACACUUUGAACAAAAAGGCUACUCAUAAUUUUUAAACUCUAAUCCGAAAAUAGCGCCGUAGUGUUGUUUUGAUGAGAACGCUGCUGUUUUCGAGGCAUGUGCUCUAAGCAGUACAUUCUUUAUGUAAUAGAACCGUAUGGCUAUGAGGUCUUAAUGGUAUCUUGGGUCAUUCUCAGUCAUUCGUUGGUAAUUGUGUUGGCUGUUUUUUGCAUAAGAUUUGAUACUUGUUCUUGUGUGAGUAAAGUUGUUACUUAUCAUCAAUAGUGUUUAUUUUUAUUAGGUCCAGAAUUAUGGAUUAGCCGGGCAGUAUGAUCCGCACUUCGACUUUUCGAAGGUAAGUUUCGUCACGAACUGCUUUAUGUUUUUGUGAUUAACAUUUUGGUAGCCUGGCACCAGGUAGCUUCCCAAGCAGGGGUUCUUUUGGCUCGUCACGCAAUCCCCUCCAUUGGUUCGUUGAGCAGGGACGCGUGACAUACCCCUUAGAACGUCUGCGUGGGAGGCUAGGCACCAGGCCCCUUGUUGGGGAGAAAAGGGAAAAAAAUGGCGACCGUCUUACGUUUUCUCCUCACCGUCUCCUCGCGAUUUUAGCCUUCUUCCCCCAAAACGGAGAGCCUGUUCACAGGCCAAGGCUUAGCUAAUUUUUAUGGCCAACACAAAAGAAAUUAUUUUUCCAUGAGCUCGGACUCCUCUGUUCUUUAAGAGAAGAAUUUUUGACAUAACAAACAACUGUCUCAACGGUCGAAUGGGGCUUUGAUUGUUUAAAGGAAAGGGCGGGGCUGAUUAAAAUGGAGGGGCAACCGUCAAAAUGCUAGGGGAGUAAGUCAUAUCCCCGUUGCAUUUUAAUGCGAAACCCUCUGCGUUAUAUUUUUAGAUGAAAAAAAUAUAAUACACAGGACAGUUUUUCAUGCCAACAUGAAAAGCUAUCCAGUACAGUACGAACGGCAACAAAAGUCGUUCACACACCUCGAACAUCAUACCGGAGUGGUUGGCCGGUUGCAUUCCUCGCUCCUACAUAUUUACUUCCCCGGCCUUACAGUGCGAAUACUGUACCACUUCACACUGCAAAGAAGAUUGGCAGAAACCUAUCCGAUAUGUGACGAUCGAGGUUCAAGAUCGGUGCGGCGUAGCUUUGCUCCGUUGCAAAAAUAGCGCCGAAAUCACCGUUCUUUUGUGUGAAAAGAAACUCUACCCGGUAUAAUGUUCGCGUCGACGCAAGAGCUAUCCGGCAUAGUGUGAAUAAAGCCUUGCUGUUCAUGAAUAAAUUCAGUCAUUCAAGUGUUGUCAAACAUGGCUCUACAACUGAACUUAGUAAACAGGUUUAAAGGGGCUGUGUCACGACAGUCCAGUUCAUUUUGUUUAUUUUUUCAAAUUACUCGCCUUCAAUCGCUAUGGAACUUAAAGUAAGCAAAGAAAUCACAUGUAAAUGACAAAAGUAUAGUGACUUUAAGAGACAUUCGCCCUUUCGUAAGUCCUGACUUCGUUAGUAAACUUACUUGGCGUUUUUAACAAUAAUGCCAUACCUUCGUGUCACAUUUGCGUUGUUGAGCCUUUGCACUCUUUCGUCCAAUCGGCCUAAACUCGUAGACUCCACGACCGGUUCACUUCUUCUUCAUGAAAAUCCUUGUCCGUAACGAAAGCGAUACCUCUCCAAGAUUUUUCUUCUGUAAAUAAAUCGGUCAAGCGAUGUGUGGACAUUGAAAUAGCUGCUUCUGAAUCGUUCGCUUCAUCCCUAAACAAAAUGUUUAAUAGUUUUCUAAAAGGUUAUGUUUUAACUGCAUCCGAAACUGCUUGGUGCUGUAUAACGUUGUGACUUGCAAUUAUUCGACGUGGCUGUUUCCAUCUUGACUACAAACAAGCAAUUCGAAACACGUCUUUGAAAAGCUAACAUAAUUAAAACCUUGGAGCUGUGUUAUUGCCUCAACGCCACAAUGGAAUGCCUCGAAAUCAAAAGAAGCGGUACAGUAGACGAGAUGUAUUUAAGGAUCCCUUGAGGAAUCCUUGCCAUAUAUAAAAUGGGCCGUUUAUCGCCAUUUAGGUCGUGGUUAUGUGAUUAAUUCAACCGGCGUUGAUUACGGAGUUCACAACAACGACGACGACACUGAAAACGACACCAGUAAAAUGUAUUUGGUCCUUUAACCUUCAUUGCGAUUAUUCCAAAUCACUUAACUUGUCAUGUGUAGGCGAAAUUUCCUGGAGUUGAAUUGAUGGAGACCUCAUUCAAAUUCAGUAAAAAAAAAUAAACAAAUAAAGGAAAACUGGGAUUUCACGUCUUAGUCGUGCAGUGAAGGUAAAGAAAUGUACCAAAAAAUACGUAAUGCGCCUUCAAAAUGGGUGAUUUCCUUAUAAGCACUUUUGCCUUUUUGUCGUUCUUGUCGCUGUCGUCGUAAUAGCGGCAUAAACUUCCUGUAUAUCUCAUAACCCAAGGCUUCAGGACGGUAGCCCUCAUUUGGGUCCAAGUGGCCGGGGAGUGGCGCUGCCUGAAUUGAUUAACUACUCCCUUGUUUUUCGGUCGAUCAAUGCAUAGCCUGUGUACAGACGUCCCGCCUCCCUCAGAAAAAAAAUCGGGAGGGGGGACGUCUGUACACAGGCUAAUCAAUGCACUCAGUCCAUAGGGCAAGGAGCUACCUUGAAAAACCAACAUCGGGCGCUCAUGGGCUCCGUUUCCCCCGGGUGGGUUACUGGAGUACGGUUUUGCUGGGUAUGUGCCGCUAGUCUCUCACAACCCCUACGCCAUUAUAGUCAAGUCUGUGGCCAAUGAUAGACUUCGUAUUAGUCACUUUUAAAUGUAAUUUUCGCGAUCCCACCUUAGUCACUUUCCGUUUAUGUAUCUACCUUAUAAAGCCUUUUAUGAAGGUCACCCUGAAAUGAAUUAACACAUUUUUUUCACUUAAUGUAGUAAAAAUCCCCACGGUUUGACAUCCCUAAUUACCGGAAUUUUCUUACCGCCAAAUCCCGAAAUUGUGCGGCCCCAUUCUAGUAGCUCUAUUGAAAAUGCAACCACUUUAUAGUCAAUCCAGUCGUAUCCGUACACCCAAGAGAGAGCCUGUUUUUGUACAAACAAGCUGUUUUAUCUUUUUUAUUGCCUUAUUUCUUUAAACGGAUGAUAGAAACCACUUAGGUGCCCCACCCCCUCCCAAAGCGAUGCCUUACGUCAGCUCGGCCUUAGUUCCCGCUAAGUUUCUCCCGCGGGCUUGCCGCUUUCCGUAUAACGUUUCUCAGAUUGGUCUUUAGAUCAGAAGUUAGGGUUUGCGGUGAUGGUUAAAUACUGGAUUUAAACCAUGUACUAAAACUUUCACGGUUAUAUUUAUUCACUAGGACCUUGCGAAUUCUUCACUGGGUCAGCUGGGAACUGGAAACAGAAUCGCCACAGUUCUUCUCUAUGUAUGUAAUAUGCUUAGUUGUUUUCGUGUAUAGAGCUUUUUUUUUUCAAUCAAGCGACAAAAGUAGUUUUUUAGUUGGUUUUUGUGGCUAUACCUUGUGAUUGGCUGAACAAAUAUCGUGCCCUUUUCUCGGCUAAUCAGAAAUAAACCAAAACAAUAAUGGCUUGCUGACGUGAGUUUUCCCUUACUUUGCGUCGGCUAGAUUAACUUGCUGCGACUUUCGAUUGGUCCAGUUUUUCGCUUACUCGGUAUUGUGAUUGGCCAAAGUGACAACUUCGCCUUGGUUUUACGACAGUUGCUGAGAACUGUCCUCAUUACGCAGAUAUCAUUUUUUUAUAUUAGGGUUUUGUUCGUUUGUUUUUAAUUGUAUUUGCGUAUUAAUUGAAUUAAGUAAAUAAAUAAAUAAACUAUUCUAAGUAGUAGUCACUAUCAAAAUCAAAGUAAAACAUUUUGAACCAACCUUAGCUACUUCAGGUUAUUUUCAUCACUUGGUAAACAACGCAGACAACAAUGGUGGAUCAUUUGCCCAUCAUUGUUACCCAAUGUAUUGCUUCUGUGAAAUAUCUCAGUGCUCGUAAAAUGUCACUUGUCAUACAAAAAAGUCUAAUAUAAAAAAAAUAAGAUGAGAAUUCUCGUAAAGUGAAAUAAUGCUUUUUCUUACACCUUCAUAACAAUGGCCCUUAUCAGCCAUAUUCUUAAUUUUUUUGCACCUGAUUUUAUUUUUAGGCAUUUUGUAGUUUGUAUUUUGUAGCUGUUUAGCGGUUUAUAAUAAAAGCGUGGCUGAACUUUCUACCAUUCAAUUUUUUUUGGCAGUUUACUGAUGUCGAGGCUGGUGGCGCAACAGUAUUUCCUUAUGUGGGUGCUAGAGUCAAGCCGAAAAAGGUAAUUCCUACUCGGUAACUCGAAGUCUUUCAAGGACUUCGUCCACGAAGUUACUACCACCUUGUACAGCAUAACAAACAGUACCACAGGAAAGUACUGCUCAGUAGCUUUCAUUUGAAUGGUCACACUUUAGGAUUUCAUCCACAAACUCAAAAGUUAGAACCACCUUGUACAGCAUAAUAAACAGUACCACAGGAAAGUACUGCUCAGUAGCUUUCAUUUGAAUGGUCUCACUUUAGGAUUCCAAGUUAGAACCACCUUUCCAAUGCCAUUCAACAUAAUUCUUCCUUACACCAACACAUCCCGCGUAAACCGCUUCAGGCGUCUUCUUGUUGCAGACAAUUUUUGAUUCUUCGUUUAAUCGGACUGCUUAAAUUGUAUGUAACUCUUUAAUUAAAAUACAGAGCAAAUAUCUAACAAAGUACUUUUUUUUCAUUCUAGGGAGAUGCUGUAUUUUGGUAUAAUUUACUUCGAUCAGGAGAAGGAGAUUUUAGAACCCGCCACGCCGGAUGCCCUGUUUUAAAGGGCUGGAAAUGGGGUAAGAUUUGGUCGACCUACCCCUCCCCUAAGCCAACAUUAACACUUUCUUCUUACUUAAGGCAAACUGUUGGCUUAGGGGAGGAGUAGGUGGGCUUUCCCAGAAACAUGUAAUGAUCCCAAAUUUGUUGACUAACUUUGUGGCUGGCGGUUUCCAAGACUACGGACCGCGAGAAUUUCCUUAUUUUCUUCAGGUUGAGUAGUCCCACGAUCUCUUUCUUUCCGUUCCCUGGAGCGAGAGAGGAAUGGGAAAAGAGAGAUUAUGGGAAGUAGGUUGGAGUAAAACGAACGAAAAACACGAGCGCGCGUGAGGUCUCGUCACGCGAAGGGGAGGGGGCGGGCGGGGAGUUAAGGGAGAGUGAAAAUAAGGGAAUACAAGAGGAUGAUAAGGGAUUGAUAGUCUUGCGGUUUUUAAUUCAUUGGAGUGCCGUGAAGAAACAAUCGCAUUCCAACGAAACUUAGACUAUCCGUAGGCCCCAAAUUUCAUUGAGGUUAUCGAGAUCUAUCCGGCAAACAGGCAUAUUUUGCCUUGCAACCGAUGAUACCAUUCUUGGGACUAAUGCUCUCACGGCAUCUUUGCCGUUGAAACUGACAGAGAGUUGAGGCAAAAACGCAAAUCUUCGUCCCCACAGACAAUUUAAACAAUUCGUUCUUCAGAUUUCUACGGGAGAAGAAAUUCGAGUGAAGUGUGUACUGAUAGUCUGAGAAACAGCCGACAUUUCACGACGCGACCACCGGUUUUCCCGCCAAAUGACGUCUGCGCACCGUUUGCAGAAAUUCCAUACUGAUUACGCGUCACUACCCAGAUCUGGAUAGUGCUUCUGAUUGGUCGUGUCACGAGAGAAAUCAGGAGCAUUACCCAGAUCUGGGUAGUGAACGUCAAUGGUAUGAAAUUUCUGCAGUGGUUGCUUAGACGUCAUUUCCCGGGUAGACCAGUGGUGGCGUCCAGCUGAUAUUUUAGGCUAGUGUACCGGUAAUCGUGACUGCUGAUUACUCAGAACUAAGUUUAUAUCUUUCUGUUUUUACUUCAGUUUCAAACAAGUGGAUCCAUGAGCAUGGAAACGAACUCACGAGGCCUUGUUCCUUGUCACCUGAUGAGUAAAAUGCAAGGAGAAGUUUGAGAAGUUACCUAAGUUUUCAGUCCAUAAACAACAGGGCAGGAAAUCUUUUUGAGCUUUUAAAGCUUUUUAAUCGUUUCUGCUGGUCAGUUUAAAUUCGAAUUGUGCUUGUAACAACGACAGAUAAGUGUUGCAAUGUGCCAUAUGCUUCGCAAAUGUUCCGAUUAUUAAGGAGGCAAGAAAGUGUAUUUUUAUUUUACUUUCACAAACGAAAGACUAGAAAAACGCGCUAAGAAUCGGUCUUAUUUUAGAUGGUUGCAUCUAUUUUUACAAAUAAAGUAAUAUUUCACCC